AUGCUGCCGGCAGACGUCGGAUACGACCGAUUAGAGGUUCAUAUGAAACAACCGACUUCAUUAAAUGAACUUCAACACCGUAUGUUCCGAGAUUUCGCUUACCAGUGGCGGUUUUUUAUCGAUGACCGAACUAUCUGGGGUACAUCAUCAUCACUGCUGUUCCGGCAACUCUGCAUCGCACUCUUACGUCUCGCGGCUUGGGACUUGGAAGUAUCCCCUAAAGGCAAUAUUGCUGCGGCAAGACUACCUCUGGGAGCCGAGACAUUUCCGGAUUGGGAUGCUCCCCUUACGAAUAUUUACUGGUUUCACGGGUAUCUUGUGGUCCUUUGCGAAGGUCUCAAAAUGCCUUCAACCAUAUCAGCCGCUGUUUCGACCGCGGAGGAGUUCUUAAACAAGUCGGUGGGACAGAGGAAUACAAGCUGUGGAGUGCCAUGCAUAUUGAUAUCAGUAGCUGAGAUCGCUUUCGCCCAUGUUUCUACUGGACGGACUCGGUGCUCUACAGUAUUUCCCCUGGUAUCUAAUUCAGUUGCAACGCAGUGUACAUCAGGCUUUCGGAUCCUAACGCAAUUUCUGUCCUCCCCCGAUAUGAAGUGGGGUGGAAGGAAUCUAGUUGCGCGAGAAAAUUCCAGCAUUACUCUACCCCCAGAAGUGUUUGGAAUGGUUCUCGAGAAAUUGGAUCCAUUCGAUGUUGUUUCAUUUGCUCAAGCCUCGUUCGCUGCUGAAUCCUGGUAUUACUCCUCCCUUCCACAGCUUUCAUAUAUGACCAUCCAACAACUCGAAGUCUCAAUUCCUUGUUGUGGUAGAAAGGACGGUGAUGGUGGAGAUGGGUUGUGGUGCUCCGAUUGCUAUGCCUGGCAACACUCAGCCUGUGUAAGCUCAGGUGAAAAUCACGCGUGUAUCUCUGACAAGCGCUACAUAUGCAGUCAUUGCCGUACCUCGGGGGCGAAUUCUGGCACCCAGUCAUUAUUGCCAGGUGCAAUUGGACGUGCCAAUCGUCGUAUUGAUCCACGAUAUGGAUGUCGCGUCGUGAUCAACAAUCGGGACAAAAUUCUGCAGCUGAGAGUUACAUCUCCAGCGGUCAUGCGGCCUGAGUUACGGCUCAGGGAUCGUGAUCUUACCUCGACGCCUCCCAACCAGAUAGAUUAUGUUGUAAUUUUUGGUGGGUCAUGGAGUGGUCUGGCUUAUGGACUGGACAACUUGCCAGUUGAGAGGAGGCAUGACUCAUGA